GUGCCCCCUCACCCUGUUCUGUCCCCCCAGCUCUUCAGGGGCUCUGGGAAGGGGGUAUAGUUUUCAGGUGCCUGCAGCUGACUUUCCAGGAACAUCUGGGAUGCAGCUAAUCCCAGAGCCAAUAGUGCUAGGGGGUGGGUAAGGGGUAGAGUGUCCAGCUCCAGUGGGUAAAAAUAACCCUGAUAACUAGCUGCUAAUCCCAGCCCCCAGCAUACACCACACACAAGUUCAUGCAGCCAGCUGGGAUCCCCAGUAUCAUGCCCCCACCCCUGGUCUCAUGCAGCCAGCUGGGAUCAGCAGCCACUGGGACUUCAGAUGCCAAACACAUGAACACACAGAUGAGAUAAAAGGAGGACUCCAGGGGCCACUGGACAUACAGGCAGGCAGACAAGCACAGGCACUGGCACAGACAGACAAGCACAGGCACAGAAAUAGCCUCACACAAACACACACAUAGACACAGAACAGGAAGACAGAGAGAGACCUGGGAUCGGCCACUUGUGCACAGUGACUGCCCUCUGGCUACUUGCAGGUAGCCAUGAACCUGCUCCCUGCUAAGCAGUGCCUGGAGGAGAUGGUGCUGCUGACAGAGCAGAACCUACCUCAGGUGAAGGUUCAGGAAUCAUACACCAUCCUGCAAGAGCUGGGCAGUGGUGCCUAUGGGCAUGUCCUGCUGGCCAUGCACCAGCAGCAAGGUACCCCUAUGGCACUGAAAUUCAUUGGGAAGCGGGACACAGAGCUGCGGGGCUUUCUGAGUGAGUACUGCAUCUCGCUAAGCCUCUCGGCCCAUCCCUGCAUCGUGGGUGCCUUGGGCAUCGCCUUUCAGACUGACCACCACUACGUCUUUGCUCAGGAGAUAGCCCUUUCCAAGGACCUGCUCUCCAUCCUUCAUCCCCAGGUGGGGAUCCCCGAGGUGAAGGUGAAGCGCUGUGCCCUGCAGAUCUCCAGUGCCCUGGAGUUCAUGGGAAACAAGGGACUGGUGCACCGCGACAUUAAGCCUGAGAAUGUGCUGCUCUUUGACCCUGAGUGUCGGCGUGUCAAGCUGACUGACUUUGGGCUGAGUUGUCCCCGGGGCACUGCCAUCGAAGCCCUGCCAGAGAAUCUGCCCUACACAGCACCUGAGCUGUGCUGCCUGAGCGCUACAGACCACCUGCCUGCCCAGCCCAGUUUGGAUGCCUGGGCACUCGGUGUGCUGCUCUUCUGCACACUCACUGGCUACUUUCCCUGGCACACAGCCACUGACCAGCACCACCGGAAAUUUGAGAAAUGGCACCGCAGCCCCCGUAUCCACCCCUGCCCACCGCGCUGGGAGUGUUUCACACCUGAGGCCUUGGAGAUGUUGCGGGGGCUGCUGACACCUGACUCUGCACAGCGCAGCCCACCCACCACCAUCAUGAGCUGCAUCAAGCACCCUUGGCUGAAGCCUAAGGAGCAGGGGGCUGUGGGUGGGGGCAGGAUCCACGUUCCUGAAAGGCCAGUGGGCAGCAGAAUCCUACUGGGAAGGAGCUGGCGAUGCUAAGUCCUGCCCCUGUGGGCAUCAAGGCACCAGGCCUGGGUUGAAGAGAUGCAGGGACCAAGGACUCAGGGGAUGCACUGUUUGGCUGGGACCAUUGCCAGGUGCUGGGGCUACAGUGGAGGGGCGGCGGUCAGAGCAAUACUGUGGCACAGGGAAUAAAGCCAUGAUCCUGAGAUCUCCUUUCUCUGCAUUAGGGACCACAGCUCUUGGAAAGUUAGGGGCUGAGAUCACCCUGCCCUCACACUGCCCAGCUCAACACCACAGGCCCAUCCAGCCCCACCUCCCUUCCCCCUAUCAGUUGAGUGGAGGUCUUCUGUGGUCCCUGAAUUGAUACAGCUGCUCUUGUGCCCUGCUGCUGCAGAUUUUCUUGAGCUAGGAGGACUAAGGCUUCUCCCCAGCAUGUACACAUGCUACUGGGGGAAAUUGUGCAGCGUGCAUACUGACAAGUAGGCAGUGUGGGAGGGGGCAGACCCCCAGUAAGGGGGUGUGUAGAGGUGGGGAAGGCACCGUGCUUUGUGCCCUGGCCUUGCCUGUGUCUGACACCAGGUGCCAAGGCCUUGAGACAUGAACCUUUGGGUGCAGCUGUAACCAGAAACUCUUAAUGAGUGGCCAAGACCAGUGGCUUCACACGCAGCUGCUAAAUAUAGAGCAGAGCAGCAGGAAGCAGCAGCAUGCAGUCUGGACCACUGGGCCAAUGGGGCCCAGGAAUCAGAAAAGGAGAGCAGGGUGGGAAGUGAGGGGCACUGGUGGUACUAGGGACAGGAGAUCACAAAAGCAGGCUGGAAGGUGACCUUCAAUUGGCUGCAGCUUGAGGUAGCCUUGUUUGUGAACCUAGGGUCUUGAGUGCAGGUGGCUCUGGGGUGAUAGAGUGCAGGGGAUGACCUGCAGAUGCCCAUAGCAGAGAUUCAAAACAGGGGUCUGGUGCCAGGCAGAGGCUUCUGGAAGCAGUUAGGGGACCAAGCAUGGAAAAAUAGCAGUUCAGGUGGCUCCUUCCCAACUGUGACUGUGAGGCCUUGUCUGAAAAGGGGACAGGGCAGGAGGUGCUGAAACACCACUCUCCAUUCCCAGCCUCUUGCUCCCUGUCAAAGCAAAGGGCACUAACACAGCCUGGCUGGCUGAGCCCCAUGGAGUAUGUGUCUGCCCAGGCAGUGCCCACUUCCAGAAAUGCCACCCUCAUCUCAGGGUCUCUGUCUUGAUCAGGAAGGUUCCCCAGGCUUCAGGAACCAGGCUUUUGCCACUGGCUACAAAGAGACCAAGGCUGGUCUUACCCACAAGCACCCCCACCCCAGUGUCCAUCACAUUUCUGGUCCAGCUGCCCUAUCAGGCCCACUGAGCAAUCUCUGAGCCCCCACCCCACCCCAAGGUUACAGGCCCUGUGCAAUCACUUUCCCUGCAUGGAUCCCUGUGAUGUUGCUAGGCUCAGAGUGGGCACUAGGCUGCAGCCCCAGUACAGGCAGGAUCACCUAGCAGGCAGGGCUGACUCACUGACUGCCAGCCCUUGGCUUAUGGAAGCAGAGGUGGGUACAGAAAGAAUCUUUCCAAAACAAAGUGUUGUUUAAUGUCAUCACCAGGAACUGGACUUGGCCAGGGAAUACGGCUGCAAACAACAAAGACCUCCGCCCUGUUUAUCAGCCCCUUGGCAGGACCCCAGGCACUGUGCUCACAGGAGCACAGUGUCGCCUGCCCCACUGCCAGUCCCUGCAGUCACAGGGCCCCUGUUGUGUAAUCUUCUUCAUAAACCAGCCUGCUCCCUCCUCAGAGAUCGCCUGGCUCCUACCCCACUGCUCUGACAGGCGGCUGUUUCUAGCCUUCCCUGCUCCUGCGGGCAGGAGCCCGCAGAGGAGCAAGCUCCCUACCAUCUGCCUUCCUCACAGCAGUGGUUAUAUCCAUUUCCAGAUCCUUCAACCUGUCAGUUGCAUCAGCAUCCAUGUUCCUGAUGAAGUCCAAGACAGUGGGCUCUUUGGGGGGUCUGAGCCACCCCCUGAUUAUCUUUAAUUUUGACCCUCAAUUCAGCAUGAAGUGGCCCUGAUCCUCUGGAUUUAUUGGUAAGGAGCAUUCCCCUUUCACCAUUUCUCCUCUCUCCCCUGUUGGGCAAGGACCAUUUUCAUUUCUGAAUUCACCCCCAUGAAACAAACAGUGUUAAAUUCAGUCUGGAUAGGGAUCUGAGUCCCUCCACUCCCCACCUCACCUGUCCAUCAGCUGACUAGUUCAGACUGUCCAAGCACAGAGCAGGCCCCUGCUGAAGAAGACAAUGAGGGAUUUUUGACGGAGAAUGGGUAGUGAUGACUCUGAAACUCAUGCUAGGCUCGGGCAUACUCACAAAAGUUAAAAUUCAGAAUACUGAUGCUAACCGCAUAAUGCAAGAGGAUGAGAGUUCAUGGCUAGGCCAUCUGAGAAGAAAUAAUGAAGUACCUCCUCUAGCUUAUCUUGCUAUAUUCAGGAUGAUUUCAGGCAGGCUCCUUGUUGUCUGGUGUGUAACUGUGUGAAAUGUCUAUCC